AUGUUCGCUGCUGCGAGUGCAGCGAUGAACGCCACUGAGACCCUCAAUGAAACGGAGGCGCACAAUAAAACGGAGACACCGGACAUUGCCAUAGCUAGGAGCAACAAUUGUCACCUCUACGAUCCGGAGCAAUGUCAUAAGUGUGCCAAAGACGGCCUAGAGAAUUGUGUGAAAUGCAUGAUGGAGGAGGACAAUUGUUGUCUGUUACCCCACAAGAGCAUUGACUGGAAGACGAAGAAGUCACGGGAGUAUUGUAACAAGUGGUUAAAAAGAGAAUAA